UUUGUAAAACUGAGUCUGUAGUGGUUGGAUGUCACAUGACAACAACAUGGCGGGAGGUUUCAGCUGUGCGCUGAUAGCUGCUGCACUUGUGUCUGUUUCAUACGCUGAUGUUGUGCAUCUUUCUGGAAAUUGGACUCUUCUUAACAAUGUUAGAGGUGAGAGGAUUCCGGGCCAGUGUCCCAGGCACCAUGUACACAGCUCUGUACAACAACAAGCUGAUUCCGGAUCCUCUCUACCGAGACAAUGAUGUCAAGCUACAAUGGAUUGGACGGGAAGACUGGACGUACACACGCAUCUUUCAGUUGAGUGCAGAUGAACUGGCUACUUCUUCCCUCCGCCUUGUCUGUGACGGCCUGGACACCUUCUCAACCGUCUACAUCAACGACCAGAAAGUCGGGACAUCCGAGAACAUGUUUGUCCAGUAUGUCUACGACAUCAAAACUGCUGCCAAGGUGGGGGACAACACAAUCAGCAUUGACUUUGAGUCUGCUGUAAAAGUUGCUGCUCAGAAGGCCAAUGCUUCUGCCUAUGACAUCCCCAAUGAUUGUCCAAACAAGGCACAGAACGGAGAGUGUCAUGUUAACAUGAUCAGGAAGGAGCAGUGUUCCUUUAGCUGGGACUGGGGACCUUCCUUCCCAACACAAGGAAUAUGGAAAGACAUCUACAUUGAGGCAUUCAAUACUGCAGUUAUCCGUGAACUCUCCAUGGCAACCACAAGAGAUUCGGGAGGAGAAUGGCUGCUGGAUGUGGGCGUGUACUUCGACGUCAGCGGGGGCUCUGUUUCGGGCGUCCUCACCACCAGCAUCGUAGGGACAUCGGUCACGAAGUCCAUGCCACUGACACUGACACCAACAAACAGUUCAUCUGUCUUCACAAUCACAAUUCCUAGCACGGAGAAUAUUGAGAGGUGGUGGCCAAAUGGUUAUGGGAACCAGACUCGGUACAACGUCAACGUCACCUUCACCAGCAACAACGAGGUGUCCAAUGAACAACGUCGUGUGGGAUUCCGUACUGUAGAGCUGGUGCAAGAUCCUGUUGGCAACAACCAAGGUUUAACAUUCUACUUCAAGAUAAACAAUGUGCCAGUUUUCUUCAAGGGAUCUAACUGGAUACCUGCAGACAGUUUUCAGGAAAAUAUUACCAGAAAAGGUCUACGCCGUCUGCUCCAGUCAGCUGCUGAUGUUCACAUCAACUCUAUGAGAGUUUGGGGAGGAGGGGUUUAUGAGUCAGAUGUGUUUUAUGAUUUGGCGGACGAGUUUGGUAUCAUGAUCUGGCAGGACCUGAUGUUCAGUGUGGCUCUCUACCCAACUACUCCAGACUUCCUUGAUACCGUGUCCCAGGAGAUCACACAUCAGGUUCGACGGCUCCGGCACCAUGCUUGCAUCGUACUGUGGGCAGGAAACAACGAGAAUGAGAAAGGCCUGAGACAGGACUGGUACGGCAUCCACGCGAACUACAAGCGUUACUACGAUGACUAUGUCAAGCUGUACGUGACAACACUCAAGACUAUCGUCAACAAGGAAGACACAACACGUGUGUAUCUGUCAUCGAGCCCCAGUGAUGGCAAGGAGACUGAGAAGGAGGGUUGGGUUGCCAAGGACCCUGGCUCCGAGCUCUAUGGUGACAUUCACUUCUAUGACUAUGCCUCGGACCUAUGGAAAGAUUCUGCGUACCGGAUUCCCCGAUUCGCGUCCGAGUACGGGAUUCAGGCCUGGUGUGACAUCGAGACCCUGGAGGACGUGUUUGACGCGGGGGACUAUGAUUACUGGGGACCAAUGUCCUACCACAGGAAUCACCAUCCUUUUGGUAAUAUUGAGAUGAUUGAGGAAAUAAUCCUCCAUUUCAACGAACCCAUUAAUCCUGAUACUAGACAGAAAUUUAGUGACAUAAUCUACCUGACACAGAUCAACCAGGCCGUAUCAAUACAGGCACAGAGUGAGCACUACCGACGCUGGCAGAAUAACCUGACGUCAGAUGGCCGGGGACAGACUAUGGGCGCCCUCUACUGGCAGCUCAAUGAUAUCUGGCAGGCUCCAACAUGGGCGGGUAUAGACUACAGGGGCACAUGGAAAAUGUUGCACUACUACGCUAGGAGGUUCUUCGCCCCCAUCCUCAUCUCCCCCUUCAUGGACGACAACUCCCUCAACAUCUACAUGGUGGUGGACGAGAUCCCCCUGACUGAGGUCAAGGACCCCAAGAGUGGCAUCAAUGUCUUUGCCCCUGCCACCAGUUUCCUCACCCUCCUUAAGUCCAGCUUCCCCCGUGAAGAAGCCGUGCAUCUCAUGACGAAGACAGCUGAGGCCACUACUGGAGUUCUCUACAUCCAGAUGUAUCGAUGGGACAACUUCACGCCUCUCAAGACAUGGAACGUUACGUACAAGCUGACCAAAUCGUCUGAGUCCGUUUUUAAUCAAGAUAUUGACACACUUGUCAGUGCGUCCGGCUGUCCGGACAGGUCCAGCUGUUUUGUCUACAUGUACCUGAAUGACCCAGCCAGUGCCAUCAACGCAUACCUCCCUCUCACCUACUACAACAGCGUCACUGGACUCGCCAAGGCUCAAGUUAUGGUAACUGAUGUUAAGAUGCUGUCGAACACCGAGUUUGAAGUCACUGUGGCAUCUAAUCGCAUUGCUCCAUUUGUUUGGCUGGAUGCAGUUGGCAUCUCCGGCAGAUUCUCUGACAAUGGAUUCCUCAUGAUGGCGCCUUCUAGGACAGUGACCUUCACCUCUUGGGAGCCUGUUGAUCUCAAUACUGUUAAACAAUCAUUGAAAACAAAAUCUUUAAUGGAUAUUCAGUUUUCAUGAAAAUUAUCUAGUAUUGUUUUCAGACAAAAUAAAAUAUUUUUGUAACAA